AUGGCGCAAGUUGCAAGCGGCGCCCUCCGGCAGGAUGGCGACGUCCUCGCUGCGAAGCUGUUGCAAGCGGCGUUGCGACUUAGUCAGGCCUCAAUAGAAGCCGACGUGGAGCAUAUCAAUGACUUCCUACAGCGGGCUAUUGGAAUUAUGGCUGGUGGAGAGAACGAUAGCGCUGAGAAGUUCAGAACAUACCUAGAGAGCAUUCUCGUAGAUCUCUCUAGAAGAUGGUGGUUUGGCUUAGAACAGCCUCCGUCGCCGACAGGCUCUGCCGUGUCUCCUUUGGCAACCGCGAGCGAACCAUAUGUCGCACUCUACGUUAGGGACAGCACAAUACCCCUGCUGUUCUGCGACAUCUUGCCGACGUUCUGGGGAACCUGGCUUGACACAUCAGUGGUCCGUAUAGGGUUAUGCCCUUUUUCUUAG